GUCGACCAUGCUAAAAUGAGCCUGCACGGUGCUAGUGGGCGACACGGGCGAUCAAGAGACAGACGAAGGUCAUCUCAUGAGCGAGCAGAGUCUCCUACUCCUUGUAUUCGAAAUGUGACUUCACCAACACGACAGCACCAUGUUGAACAAGAGAAAGGUCGUAGUUCAUCUCGUCCAAGCAAUCCUCAUCCUCAAAGAGCGUCACCGGAUGGCUGCAUGAGCAGUGCCGGGAGCCGCAGAAACAGCAGUCAGUCGAGCUCAGAUGGUAGCUCUACGACAUCCGGGGAGAUGGUGUUUGUGUAUGAGAACGCGAAAGAAGGCGCUCGGAGCGUGAGGACAUCUGAGCGAGUGACACUGAUAGUAGAUGACACCAGAUUUGUCGUGGACCCGGCCAUUUUCACUGCACAGCCAAAGACAAUGUUGGGCAGGAUGUUUGGAUCUGGCCGAGAACAUAAUUUCACGCGUCCUAAUGAAAAGGGAGAGUAUGCGGUGGCAGAAGGAAUCGGGUCUACUGUGUUUCAAGCUAUUUUGGAUUACUAUAAGACAGGAAUCAUCCGCUGUCCUGAUGGCAUAUCUAUUCCUGAGCCGAGAGAAGCUUGCGAUUACCUUUGUGUCUCUUUUGAAUACAGUACAAUUAAAUGUAGAGAUCUCAGUGCCCUUAUGCAUGAGUUAUCAAACGAUGGUGCUCGUAGACGAUUUGAAUUUUAUCUGGAAGAAUUGAUCCUCCCUCUCAUGGUAGCGAGCGCCCAGAGUGGGGAACGAGAGUGCCAUAUAGUGGUGCUUACAGAGGAUAAUGUGGUUGAUUGGGAUGAGAAGAAUCCACCACAGAUGGGAGAGGAAUAUUCACAAAUUAUCUAUAGCACAAAAUUAUAUAGAUUUUUAUUUUUCAAGUACAUUGAAAACAGAGAUGUGGCCAAAUCAGUUUUGAAGGAGAGGGGUCUUAAGAAGAUUAGAUUGGGAAUCGAAGGGUAUCCUACCUACAAAGAAAAAGUAAAGAAAAGGCCAGGAGGUCACCCCGAAGUCAUUUACAACUACGUCCAAAGACACUUUAUUCGAAUGUCCUGGGAGAAGGAAGAAGGAAAGAGUCGGCAUGUAGACUUUCAGUGUGUAGAGAGUAAAUCUAUCACCAACCUGGCAGCGCCUGCCACAGACAUUCCCCAGGACCAGCGGGUAGUCAUGCACCCUACUCCACAGCUGGAUGAGCUGGAGAUCCUCCCUAGCCACCCUGCCUCGGGCAAUAAUGACCUCAAUCCUGAUGCACAGAAUCCAAUGCUGUGA